AUAAACAUAAAUGUUUUCAAAUUGUAAUGAUAAAUAGAGAUAUCUGGAUUUAAGGCGGGUGGGGGUAGAGGGAGCUCGAUGAGACCUUUCAUUGAAAGAGCCUUGUACCAAUCGCGUUGAUCAGUUCCUGUGUCCUGACUUGUAAUUGGCUGAUUCUUGUCCAUUCCCUGUUAAAUACCUUCACUCUUUUGCCAGUGCCAGGUUCAUUUUAGGUUUGACUGUCGCCAAACUCCUCAGAGACUCUCACAGAUUGAGCAUAAAAGCCUGCAAUACCCAGCGGUAGCAGCUUGAAACCCCGGGUUACACCUUGGUGCUCGCGAAGAUCGAAGAAAGCCAACUGCAAACCUGAACAAAGCGUUUGCUUGCUCCGUUAUUAAUUAUUCCCCGAAAACUGACUGGACUUCAGACCAUGAGCGAGUUGCUGAAGUCGCCACCAAACGAACUGCUAGUGGUCACGUCCACCUUGUACAACAUUCCUCACAAGGUCGACCCCGCCGAUCGGUCACAUUCUCCCGACGAGUCGCCCAGUCCCACCCCGUCAGCCAAAUCCAGGAGUAAGAAGGAUCUAUCCGAGGACGAGCAGUUCCUAUUGAGGAAAAAGAUCAACAGCAGAGAGCGCAAGAGGAUGCACGACCUGAACGUGGCCAUGGACGCGCUCCGGGAAGUUAUGCCCUACGCUCACGGACCGUCGGUGAGGAAACUGUCCAAGAUCGCUACUCUCUUGCUGGCCAGGAACUACAUCCUGAUGCUAACCAGCUCCCUGGAAGAGAUGAAGAGGCUGAUCGGCGAGAUGUACGGCAGGAGCGGCUCCACCUCGCGACUGGCCCAGCUGCCGGUGCUCACAGCCGGGGGCUCGCUGCUGCUGGGCGCCGCUCCUUCGCUCUUGACCCUGGGCAGCCCCAGGCACUCGUCGCCGACCAUGAAGUGCCCCUUGACACCGGACGAUCAGACUUGUUUCCAGCAGUGGCCCGGGUCUCCCUGUGCUUGUGCUGCCUGCAGGUUUCACUGCAUCCCCUCCAGUCUCAACGCUCCCAGUGUCCAGGCGAGGUUCCCCAAGUGAUGCUGGAAAUCACCAAACAUCGCACUCGGACAUUAUUGGAAUUGUUUCAGAUACUGUAAAAACUGUACGAAUGAAUUAAAAAGAGACACGAAUGAUUGAACUAGAAUAAUGCUAUUUUCUCUACAUUGUAAGCACUAUUACCGAAUCUCACUGUUUAUAUUAAUGCUUAGGGUUAGUAGGUGAAUUAAGAUAAGAAUUUCAUUGAUGUCAGGGCCAACGCUCCUUAUUGUUCUCGGAUUAAUGAAGAGAUAUGCAGAAAGUUUUUCAGUUUGACUGUCUAAAUCACUGGUAGUCCUCACAAUGUGGGCAGUAAACUAUUGUAUUUAGCAAGUACGUUAUUAUGAAUGAAAGAGCCAAACGGACUGUUUUGUAGAAUCUCAUUCUGAUUGCAGAAUAAUUACGUCUUAACAAAGCGUUGAGCUUCUAUUAACAAUUGUGAUGGUAUUUAUUGUUAAAAAAUCAGCCGCGCCGCUCCUUGUUUUAUACCAUCUCAUUAAUGCAUCACAUUUAAAGAAAAAAACUCGAGAAGCUGAAGUGUUAUCGGUUAGUGUUUUGUUGACAAAUGUUCUAAUCUAAUCACGUGCAUUAAAUGUAUUGUACAGUUAUAUAUAUGCAAUAAAUGUUUUGAUAUA